ACGGGCCGGUAAUGGCGGCGGGGAUGCUGUUGUCGGACAGUUCGUUCGGGGCGGUGGGCGGAUGCGGCGUUUUCAACGGCCUCGGCGGCGCUCGGGCGGGCGGCGGCCCCGUCCCCUGGAACCGAAGUGUAGAGAGAGCGCUGGAGGAAGCGGCCGCCACCGGAGUGUUAAACCUGAGCGGCAGGAAACUGAGGGAGUUCCCGAGGAGCGCGGCCAACCAGGACCUGACGGACACCACACUGUCUGAUCUAUCCAGGAAUAGACUAAUAGAAAUUCCUUCUGAAGUUUGUUACUUUGUGUCAUUGGAAAGCCUUAACCUGUAUCAGAACUGUAUACGAAGUAUUCCAGAGACCGUUUUAAACCUACAGUCUUUAAACUUCUUAAAUAUCAGUCGAAAUCAACUCACCACAUUACCUGGACAUAUCUGUCAUCUCCCAUUGAAAGUUCUAAUAGCAAGUAACAACAAACUAGUAUCACUGCCUGAGGAAAUAAGAUUACUGCGACACUUAACCGAACUAGAUGUCAGCUGUAAUGAGAUACAGGUUUUACCACCACAAGUUGGGAAUCUGGAGAUACUAAGGGAUCUGAACAUCAGAAGGAAUCAUUUAGUUACACUACCAGAAGAACUUGCAGACUUGCCACUUGUGCGACUGGAUUUUUCUUGUAAUAAAGUUACUACAAUCCCAGUCUGUUACCGAAACCUUCGUCACCUACAGACAAUCGUAUUGGAUAAUAAUCCUCUACAAUCUCCACCAGCACAGAUUUGUAUCAAGGGAAAAGUCCACAUAUUCAAAUACCUGAAUAUCGAAGCAUGUAAAAGUGUGCCUGACCUGCCGGAAUAUGAUAGAACCAGAUCAAUUGGUUUCAAUUCAUGUCAUGAAGACUAUAUCUUGGGCCGACCAUAUGGAGCUCUGGAUUCUGGCUUCAACAGUGUUGACAGUGGCGAUAAGAGAUGGUCGGGAAAUGAGCCGACAGAUGAGUUUUCUGACCUCCCACAACGAGUAGCUGAAAUUGCAAAAGGGCAACGACGGGAGGUUCAGAAUCUUGAACAUCGAGCAGCACCAUUAGUGACAAAUGGAGCAGUUGAACAUGACUUGGACCAGAUUGAUUACAUUGACAGCUGUGCUACAGAGGAGGAAGAGGAAGUAAGAUUGUCGAAGGGGGCAGAUUCCAGCAGCCUCAGUUCACAGUUCAUUGCAUAUAUAGAACGACGGAGUGUCAACCAUGAGGGAUUUCUAGUGAAGCCUAAGGCCAUUGGGGAUGCACACCGAGCCGAAAAUGGAAGGAGCUGGUCGCAACAGUUCAGGAAUGAGCCCGUUGUUUCACGGAGACCUGAAACCUUACAAUUGUGGCAGGACAGUGAGGGACAGCAGACACUAAAGGAUCGUGGAUUUUCAGAAGCCGGCUUGAUGUCUCAGCCUCCAUCUAGUGGCCAAUAUCAGACAUCAAACGUGGGCUGCACAGAGCAAGAGUUGCAAAGGAGACGCGAGCAUCUAGUAGUGGAACGGACUCGGAGAGAGGCUCAACUCGCUGCCCAGCAAUACCAGGAGGAGAGAAUUCGAACGAAACAGAUUCAAAAAGAAGCUGUCCUCGACUUUGUGAGACAGAAGAGUGCACAGAGUCCUCAGAAACAGAGUCCAUCAGACAGUGAUCAUAGCAACCUUCCCAAAUCUUUCCUUACCAGACGAUCCCAGCACACAGACGAUAGCGCCUUGUUAGUGAAUGGCUUUGAACCGCACUUCUUCUUUGAGAUUGACAGUAACACCAAUACCAUUAAGCGGAGGCCUGGCUCACACAGCAAGAGUGAAGAGCGAGCUCCUUUGACACAUAGUGCCUCUGUUACGCAGCCACCUGCCCACACAGCUCACCCUUCCCCUCCAUAUCCCGGUCCUCCUUCCCCUUCUUACAAACAGCCCACACCUGCUUGCCGGCCUGAAAGCUACCUCUUCAGAGCAGCCAUGAGAGAUGAACUUAAGAAAGAUGAGACUACCUCUGCCUGCUCCUCCACUAUCCCCAACCAGGACACUGGAGACACAUUACUACAGAACCGAAAGCGAUACGAGGAUGAAGAGAGAGUGAUAGAGCAGUUACGAAAGAACAUUGAAUCCCGGUUGAAGGUUUCUCUCCCGAAUGACCUUGCAUCAGCACUUACAGAUGGUGUCGUGCUCUGCCAUCUGGCUAAUCAUGUGAGACCACGCUCCGUGCCCAGUAUUCAUGUCCCAUCCCCAGCAGUGCCCAAACUGACUAUGGCAAAAUGCAGACGAAACGUGGAGAAUUUCUUGGAGGCUUCUAAGAGAAUUGGUGUUCCACAGGAGCGGUUGUGUCUGCCCCUUCACAUUCUAGAAGAGAAAGGACUGGCACAAGUAGCUGUGACUGUACAAACUCUGCUCGAAUUCGCCCCUACCAAACAGCACCAUUUAUCAACUGUCUAGAGACUGCAAGUAAUCUGCAACUCAGCCAUGAAACACUGUAACAUCACCAUAGAAUUUGUUCCAAACUGGUCUCCACGGUGAUCACAGUUAUCACAUUCACAUCCAGUACGUGCAUGUUGAAAUUGUGAAAAAUUGUCAAUUAGCCAAUCUGCUAAACUUAUCAGUAAACAAUACCUCUUGGAACUGUGAUUAUGUAAGGUCACCAUUCCAUUUGUGUGCAUAGUUAGGUGUAGAAAUACGAAACUUUGUACGGACAUUGCAGAUACAGUUAACAUCCGACACCUUUGAUUUACAAAUUCCUCUCUCCAGAUAGUAAAACUCGCUAUCCAAUAUAGAAGACUGUAAAUGAAGGGCUUGCUUGAACACAAAAUCUCUACUUGCAGCGAUCACCAUCAACCCAUGGGACAUAAGUUCAGCUUAGUUUUUAUUUGUGUGUGUAUGUGUUUGUGUUCAUCCAUUCAGCAUCUUUCAGACAAUAGUAAGAAUCCAGAAUCUUACCUUAUUUAAAUUGUGUUCACUUUUUUUUAAAAGUGUCAUUCACUUAAAAUCAAAAUUAUUCAAGGAUGAGAUAGUUGGAUCAAAGGGCCUUCUUCACCCAAAUCGUGUGAAUUGCUCCCAAGUAAUAUAAAGUUUCAUAAUUAUCCAACAGUUGCCCCUGUAGUGCAAAAAAAAGGCGAUAAUAAUUCUCAUGCUUACUUCAAAUGUGUGAGGGUGUGCUAUCCUGACUAGUGCUGGAUUCUAAAGCUAACUGAAGCUAAGAUUUUAUUAUAGGAGUGUACUCCCAUCUCGAAGGAGGUGUGAAACCAGCAACACGUUGAGGGCAUUGUGUUAUAUGUGUUAAUUUUAUUAUCACUAGAGUAUUUUAUUUUUUUAAUCUUAGAUUUUUAUUUCAGUCAACAAAACAUUUGUAUGAGGUAAAUUAAACACUUUUAGGUUCUCAUUCAAGAGAUGGUUGUUGCAUGGUUAGUAAAUAUUGGUGCAAACAUAGCAGAAACAAUAGUUGCUGUGAAUCAUCAAUUCUCUGAACCCUCCCUUUGUUUUCCAGUUUAGACUAAGAAAUAACCCCAGUACACCGUUCCAAAAUAUUCUGACUUUGAUCCAACUGACAUUUAUAAGACAUUAACACAUAUAAGCCUGUACAGACAUGGAUUUUGCAUCCCUUCAUCUCUAAUACUUGGGUCAGGCUGCUUCUGAGUAACGGCCCUUUAUUUGAGGUUGGUUCCAGAUAGCAAGCCAUAUUUUUUACUUAUUUUUGGGGAUGCAGUAAAUGUAUUCCUAUUUCACACAUAUUGAGGGAGUUUGGCUCAGUCCAUUGCCUCCAAAAUAAUUGGAUAUUUCAGAUCCUUCAUGUUCUUCAGCAAAACACCUGAGCAAGUUCCCAGUUUGCCUAUUAUUGCACAAGUAGUAGUCCAACCAUUGACUUAUUUAUACAAUGCUUAAAUAAUGCAGGAAGUGGGGCUUUGUGGCUUUUAGACAGGUGAUAUAACUGACAUUGACACUGAAAGAUGAAUGAGCCACAGUUGCUUAUUACAAUACAAUACAAAUUUACAUUUGUGUAGCACUUUUUACAUCCGGAGGAGGUUCUGAGGCACUUAUUCUCAAUACUGAACAGAACCUUUCUGAAAAAGGUUUCUUAAUAUCUGGGCCUCAUGGCCCAAACCUGCAAACCUGGAGAUUGAAAACUUCUAAUUGUGUGUGUUUCUAAUUAAAAGUACAGGGCUAUAUAAACCGUUUGAAUUACUAGGCAUGAAUUCAGAACCUCUACCACUCAGAAUCAAUUUGAAAUUAAAUGAUAUGUAAGGUGCCGGCUGGCAUGGUGAUGAAGCAGCAUUAACAGUCUCUUGGCUUCUGUCCCAAAGCAACUGCGUAUCUACAUUAUUCAAAACAACUUCAAUUUGAGAUAAUUGUGCAUCUGUGUUUUUAUAACCAGGGGGGAAUAGUGCUACACAGAAACUGCCACUUUUAAACCAGAAAGGCUAGUUAUAAUAAUAAUCCUUGCAUUUGAUAUAGCGCUUUUCACG